AUGACACCCAAUUCCGAUGGUGACACCAUAACCUUGACCGAAACAGACGAGGUCAACCAGCCUACCGCGACGUACGUCUACUCGGAAUCUCUGGUGAAGUUGUCGCCUAAGAAUAAGGAGGUCAAAGGAAGAGUGGAUGUGAUUCAUCCUCAAGCCUCACCAUCAUCAUGGUCUUCAACUGCACUGCUCAAUUCCCUCGCUGAUGUCUUUCUUCCUGCUGGAUAUCCACACAGCGUAACCAGUGACUACCUUCCAUAUCAGAUCUUUGACUCCCUCCAAGCUUUCAGCAGCUCCAUCGCCGGUCUUCUAUCUUCAAGAGCCGUACUACAAGGCGUCGGAGUCGGCAACGCAAAUGCCUCCCCAACCUCAGCUCUCCUCCUCAACAUCUUCCAAGACACCUCCGGCCGCAUCGCAACCAUUCUCUUCGCGCACCGCGUCGGCACGGCCCUCGAACCAGAAUGCAAAAUGUACCGCUUCGCAGCGGACAUCUUCAACGACCUCGCCAUGGUCCUCGACUGUCUGUCGCCGCUAAUCCCGGCGGGCAUCGGUCGAGUUACUGUCCUCAGCGCGGGGGGUGUUCUGAGGGCUCUCUGUGGUGUUGCAGGAGGAAGUUCCAAGGCGAGUUUGAAAAGACUCAUCCCAAGAAACCAUCAUCUCCCUAAUUGGGAUACUAACUCACCAAGUAAGGUCGGUUCAUUCAUAGUCUCCCACAUCACAGCCUCGACAGCAACAUGGAUAACCCUCUUGGCCUUACUCGCCCUCCACCUAACACUCAACUACGCAGCCGUCCGCUCCGUCCAAAUGACCAGCCUCAAUCGACAACGGGCAAAUAUCGUCUUUUCAGCCUUGCUCGAAUCAGAUCCGGAUCUAGUACAUGAAGCAGCAGAAAAGGAGAAAUCCUCACACCAGCAGCUGUAUCCUGCCACGAAAGAAUUUUCGAGUCAAGCGGUAUCCUACGAUGGAAUUCCUCUCAGAAACUUGGAUCCUGCCCGUAUCGGGGUUCCGCUACAUCAAUUCCUCUCUCCCUCUUCUUCAUCCGACACCACAGUCCCCUUCCCAGCCCUAAUAACCCUGUUCGCCAAUGAAUCAUACAUCCUCUCCCUCUCCCCUACUUCCUCCGGACCAAAAGCAUGGCAAGCAGCGAUCAUCCUAAAGACGAAUUGCACGCCUCAGUCCCAGCUGAAAGGAUGGGUGCAUGCAUUGCUCGCUACACGUAUCUUAUCCAUCAAAGAGACUGGUUCUGAUUCUGAAAUUGAACUUAUUAUGGAUGUUCUAUCACGGACAUUGGAAUUUUUGAAUCAGGAUUCUCGGUUUGAUGGGUAUAUGCUUGCGUUGGAGGGGGUGGGAUGGAAUUUGGGAAUUGCUGCUUUGGAGACGAAAUCCGGGCGGAGGGUUUGUGAUAUACAGAGUACAAAUGUGAAUAUAGACUAG